AUGUCCGCCACUCCUACAAUAACCGGGACUGCAAGGGAACCGGAAGACUCAGACGACGAUGUGGCUAAAGGCACCCCAGUAGUUCCUGGUGAGAACAGUGGCGCCAAGAAAAAAAGAACAAAAACAAAAGUACCUAAGAAAAAGCAAGUGAAAGCAAGCGAAAACUCAGACCAAUCCGCCAUCGAUUAUAGUGCCUAUCCCAAAGGCAAAGAGGUUGAAUACAAGGAUAAUCUAUGGCGAUCCACUAAUGAGAAGAAAGGAUACCUCGACAACCUCAAUAGUCACUCCCUAUCCGAUUAUUCUUAG